CUUCCACAUUGUUGGGGACGCGUGCACAACAUUUUUCUAUCUCCCCACGUGACGUUACCGUUCAUAAAUCUUUUUCAUAGUUUUGUUUAUGAUUAGGAUUUAUAAUCGCUGCGAUACAAAAUGGCGGUGCAUCAAUGUUGUGUCGUGAAAAGUAAAAAAAAAGGUGUGAUAAGCGCGUGUAAUGAGAGGAUAAACUGUUGAGACACUGCACACGCACUACACCAGCACUUUUUAAUCUAUUUUACCGAUGAUCAAGUAAUCGAGAACACUUGGCACUUGCGGCACUCGAUCCACACCGACCUGAGCAUCUUUGGAGUGUGUUUUCGUUACAAUUAGCAAUUCAUUCAAAUCAACAUGGACGAGAAGCAUGGGAAUAGUAUAAAAGCACCGCUCUUCGUUCCGGGCAGUAAUUAUGGAGCAAUGACGAAAACACCGCCGAAUAGUCCACGACUGUUGAUUUACUGCGUGCAUGGAAAACCACGCGAGGGUUGCUGUAAAGUAAGCGAAGGUGAAAUUGUCGACAUGGAACCCAGGAGGAGUUUCGAAGAGCUGAGCUCCCACACCAAGGAGAGUAUUAUCACAACGGAUUUGGUUAAUCGGCACUGUCACAAGGAUAAUACUGCUUCGGUUGAUAAACGUGCAAGACGAAAGUUGAUCAUUGCGAGUAUACUCUGUGUUAUCUUCAUGAUAGGUGAAGUUAUUGGUGGUUAUAUGUCCAGCAGUUUGGCGAUUGCCACUGAUGCAGCACAUCUCCUGACAGAUUUCGCUAGUUUUAUGAUCUCGCUGUUCUCGUUGUGGGUGGGUUCAAGACCCGCCACGAAAAAGAUGUCUUUCGGAUGGUACCGUGCCGAAGUGAUAGGGGCACUUACUUCUGUGUUGAUGAUCUGGGUGGUUACCGGUAUUCUUGUCUACAUGGCUGUGCAACGUGUGAUUGAGAAGGAGUUUGAGAUUGAUGCGUUUGUUAUGUUAAUUACUUCCGCCAUUGGUGUCCUAGUCAACUUAAUAAUGGGUUGUACACUGCAUCAACAUGGCCACGGUCAUGGCGGCGGCCAUGGCCACUCACACGGAGGCAGUAUUGAACAUGGACAUAGUCACAGUGAAGCCGAAAAUAUAAAUGUCCGUGCUGCUUAUAUUCACGUCAUCGGUGACUUUAUUCAAAGUUUCGGAGUCUUUGUCGCUGCGAUUUUGAUCUAUUACAAACCGGAAUGGAGCAUUGCAGAUCCGAUUUGCACGUUCCUCUUUUCCAUUCUCGUUCUGUUUACUACUUUUAAUAUUAUUAAAGAUACCCUGCAAGUUUUAAUGGAGGGAAUUCCCAAAGGUAUUGAUUUCAACGAGGUGCGUGCCAUUUUCUUGAGCAUACCAGGCGUGAAACGUGUGCAUAAUCUACGAAUCUGGGCACUCAGUUUGGAUAAAACUGCAUUAUCAGCUCAUUUAGCUAUAGAACCGGGGACCAAUCCGCAGGCUGUUCUCAUGCAGGCAACGAAACAGAUUCACGACAAGCACAACUUCUUUGAGAUGACUCUACAGAUCGAGGAGUUUCAGGACGUCAUGAAAAACUGUCGUCAGUGUAAUUUCCCCGAAUGAGUGAAUAUUAAAGUGUUGCCACUUCCGGUGACAUUUUGUGAUUGUUUUUGUUUUUAUUAGAGUUACGUAAUUAGCUUUAUCAAUAACGUAUUGUUAAACUAACACAUUCAAACAUAAAUAAACUACGUAUUUUUAUUAUUA